CGCUCUCGCUAGCUUCCACUCUCUCCGCGCCUCAAACAAUCGACGAGCCAUGGCGUCUCUCCUCUCCCUCCCACACCUCACCUCCCCGACCCGACGCGCGAAUCCCGGCCGCCAUAGCGCCCACCCCGUGCGGGGGCGCAUCACCUGCGGCCCGCGCGACAACCGCGGCCCGCUCCAGCGCGGCCGCUCCCUCUCCACGGAGGCCAUCCUCGCCGUGCAGUCCCUCAAGCGCCUCACCUCCUCCGACCGCUCCCCGGCCGCCGCCGCCGCCGCGGCCUCCUCCUCCCUCGGCCGCCUCCUCAAGAGCGACCUCCUGGCCGCCAUGGCCGAGCUCCAGCGCCAGGGCCACUGGUCCCUCGCCCUCGCCGCACUCCACGUCGCCCGCGACGAGCCCUGGUACCGGCCCGACCCGGCCCUUUACGCCACGUUCGUCUCCUCCUCGCCGGCCUCCGAGGACGGCGCCGCCGCCGUGGACGCGCUCGUGGAGGCGUUCCUGGAGGAGAAGGAGAGGGGCGGCGGGUUCGUGGAGGGGGAGGAGGACGUGUACAAGCUGACGCGGCUGGUGCGCGCGCUGGUGGCGAAGGGGAGGGCGCGCGCGGCGUGGAGGGUGUACGAGGCGGCGGUGAGGAUGGGAGGCUGCGAGGUGGACGAGUACAUGUACAGGGUAAUGGCGAGGGGGAUGAAGCGGCUGGGGCUCGAGGAGGAGGCGGCGGAGGUGAAGGCGGACUUCCGGGAGUGGGAGGCCAGGACCUCGUCGCCGGCCGGAGACUUGCUCGACGAAAUGCGCGCGAGAGAAGAGCAGCACAAAUGCCGCUUAACUGUGAAUCAUCUGUGGUUAGCGUUUAGUUCAAUUUGAGGAUUACACGAGCUC